AACUACCAUAAAAUCUAUGAUAUUCUAGAGAAAUUAAAGCCAACUCCCUAUAAAUUCUAAUAAGAGCGACCGCUGUUUUGCGAUAUGCAUGCAUUAAUAAACUGUAUGUUUAUUUAUUAAGAUGAUAUUAGAGACGUGUCUCAAAGAAAGCUGACGCUUCUUACGAUCUCCCUGAUGAAUGCAUACUGCACGUCCAGAUACUUCAUCUGCUGAUGGGUCCAUUCCUCUUCCACGUAAUGGAUGCAAGAGAUGUUGUCCUUCAUUACCAUGAAAGGAGUGCUAGUUCUAACCACAUCCAAUUCACCCAGGAAGUUUGUUAACAACAAACCUUCAUUGACUGCAUAGCAAAGGACUCCUAUCUCAACUUCGAUCGACGGCAGACUGACCGUCUGCUCACAUUUCAUUUUUUUAUUUACAAGUAGUUUUAUUAAGGCAUUUAAAGCUCACAUUUCGUUGACCACGAAAUAAGAUUACCGAAGAUCAUUUAAGCGUAGCCUGAAACAGAUCUUCGAUCAUAGGAGUCGUUGGCAAAAUCUGUAUCAGCAUAUCCGAUGAGUAGUUCUGAUUUCACGUUUCUGAAUACCAACUCCCGUAUCGGUCGUACCUCGAAGGCAUAGCAGAACACGCUUUAGGCCCUGCUAGUGCCUAUCCGUCAGACUGGCCUGGUACUUGCUCAUUGCGCACCACAGAUAUCUGGCCUCGGAUAUGUCGCCAGGUAUUGUAGACAACCGAUCAAUUCUUUCAACGGCUGUUAGGUGAUAACCUUACCAUCGUUCACCUUCGUCCAGCGAACGCUCGUGUCAAGUGGUGUGCCUGCGGGUUUGCAAUCGGCCAUACCAAAUCGCUGCAGAACCUUCUCGACAUAUCCUGAUGACACUCGAUGACACUCUUUCCGAAGUCUCGCUUGAUAGCUAUUCCGAGGAAAGUGUUGACUUCUAGAAGAUCCUUCAUCUGGAUGUCAUCCAUGUACAGGAUGAGGGUGAGUCCUCGUUUGCAAGACCGGUAAACGCAGUGGUCACUCUUCAACGGAUAGAAACCAAGCUUUCUUAUCUCGUCGUCGAAUCGCUGGUUCCAACGAUCCGAUCCGCUUGCUUCAAGCCGUAGAGGCUCUUCCUCAAUCGAACGACCUUCGAAUCGCCGACAUCGAUAAACUCUUUUAAAUUUCCGUUCAGAAAGACAGUUUUGACGUCCAUCUGAUGAACGACCAUAUCGAAUUCAUUCACUAGCGCCAGGAUGUCACAUUUAAAACACUCGGGUGGGCAGACGAAAACGCGAGUGGAUUUUUUUUUCUUUCUUUUCUUUUUACCAGAACGCGCGUUCGCGUUGCUAUGGGUUUCAGACCAAAAGUGCAUAGGGUUACCAACGGACAAAUAUUGCAAUAAAUUUUACUUUUUUUUUAAAUUUAUUAUUACUUUUUAUUUUUGCAUUUCUUAUUUUAUUACUUCUAGUUCUAGUACAUUAUCCUACACUCGCUCGCGCGUUUUCUGUCGUGGAAGCUAGCAGCGAAAUCAACUCGAUGAAGUCAACUGAAUUAUAGAGCUACGGCUUGGCGAUUUGGCGUAUUGGUAAGGUGUCGGAGAGAUAGUCAGAGGACUCGAGUUCGAUUUUUUGACGAGGCGAUUUUUUUUUUCAUUUCCCGUUCAUGAUCGAUGCAUUUUACACUAAACAAUGAGUCGAGGAUCCAUCAAUCAAAGCAAUAACACAAUAAUGUAUGUCUGUUUGUAUUAUACAAACAAUUCUUCCACACUCAUACAUGUUUCUGGGGCUUUGUUUGACGUAAGAUGCUACUAGCGGUAUAAUGCGGAGAUCAAAAUAAUUGAUCAUGAAUGGUAAAUGAAAAAAAAAACCGCCUCAACUUCGAAUCGAACUCGAUUCUUCUGAUUACCUCUCCGACACUUAGCCAAUAUAAUAAAUCAUCAGCCGGUGUAAACUAUCAAGCUGUAGCUCUAUAAUUCAGUUAACUUCAUCGAGUUGAAUUCGCUGCUAGAUUCUACGGCAGAAAAUGCCCAUCAUACCCAAUCAAUGGUGCUCUGUUCGCCCCGAGUCAACAAGUUAAAGUAAAAACGCGUUUUACAAUUGAUUAUGGUGAGAAAUCAAACAUUUAAUGAUGGUGAAAAUUGAGCAACACUGUGUACAUCAAUUUGUAGUGCUUCCAUUAUAGAUCAAGAUGAUUUAAAUAGGUCAUUUUCCAGAGCUCAAAAAUUUAUAACAUUUUAGUCAGUAUUGAGAACCAAGUUGCUUUUUUUAUAUUUCUGUAAAGGUGAUAAGGAAAUUUCUUUUUAGCUGAAAAAAAGCUGAAAAGAGGGGUGCCUAGUUCGCCUCGGGUUUUCGUUAUGCCCUUAUCUCCCCUAUAUGUAAAAAUCGUACUUGACCCAUAAAUAGAUUAGAAAGUAGGGCACAUUUCUAAUAGGGUAUUUUCGAAUAAAAUUAAAUUCAAAGGGGAAUUUAAAAUUGAAAGGUUUCGCUUCUGAUAACGUUAAGAAAUAUUCAAAUGGGAAGAAUGUUUGGCAAUUAUUGCUUCUAAAAACAAAAAGGGGUUACUCACUAGGAUUUACGAUCGUUCCAAUUUUCUGUAUUCCUACCGAACAUAAACCAAAUCACGAUAAAUUGAAAAGGUUCGGACACGUUUCCUCGAUUGCAUUUUCCUUCUUCACUCCACUUUCCACUACACCAAACACCUUAUAAUUUUCCAUUUUUUUUAAUCAAAUGAGGGCAAACGAAUUUCUUGAUUAGAUUCACUGAAUUUUACGUUUCGAAACUACGCACCAUCUAGUUAACCCGAAAGCAAACCACAGACUCGUUUGAAGUUCCACGAAAACUGAAAUUUUUCGUCGUUACGCUCUUACACGCCGAUUUCAUUUCACUUUUUAUCAGCUUUUUCUAACCACGUUUGGCUGCGUCCUGAUCCUGAUCCAACUCCGACAAAAUUUCUCGAAUGUUUUGUAAACAAGCGCGUUGUUUUGGUGUUUUCCGGCAUCAGCGGCUCCAAAAAAUUGCAAAAUUUAUCGUUUUUCGUGUGAAUUAUGCGCUAAAUCCCUCGAAAUAUCAUGACUUCAGACACCCAGAUCAUCAAACUUAUCGAGGAAAUACUUGGUGAGAAAACCAACGAUUAUGACUAUGAAGGGCCUAUGGUGGACGAUGUCGAGCUGCAGAAGCGGGCCGACGAGGGCUACAAGAAGUUUACCGGCGCGUUCGGUUCGAUGCCGCAGGAGACGAAGGAAGCGGCCCUGCGCCAGUAUCUGAUCUACGUGGCCGGCAUUAAUCACCGGCACAAGGUGAACCGGCACAUGCAGGUGCUGAACAAGCUGGUCGGGAUGAACAUCAUUCCGGCCCGAUUGCUCUGCGAACAGAUCAUGAGUUCCGAAAAGCUGAUCUUCCAGAACCAGAGCUUCUGGAUCGAGUGUUUUCAGGUUGUCCGUAAGAUAAUCAGCGGUGUCGACUACAAGGGUGUCCGGGAGAUCAUGAAGUGCUGCAAGGAGAAGGCAUUGUCGUUCCCAUCCGCCAUCAGUUCGAGCAUCUUGCCCCAGAUGCUGGAACUGACCGAAGUGAUUGAGCACAUAUUCAACCGGAACGCAUGUCUUCUUCCGGCGUACUUCAUUAUCAACGAGAUUCAGAAGGCGGAUUACCAGGACACCCACUGGCGAAUUGCCAAUUUGAUUGCAAACUUCAUCGAGGAGUUUGUGAUCGUGGCGCAGAUGUUGUCCAUAAUUGGGCACUCGUCGAUGCUGCCGAUUGUGGAGCACUCCUCAUACGCGGACAACUUGAUUAAUCCAUGGAAGCUCGAUCCAAACACGUUGAAGCUUUCGCUGCGUGGCAAUUUGCCCUACGAAUCGGAACUAUUGCAGCCACAAACUAAGCUGUUGAGAUUCGUUCUGGAACAGCCCUAUUCGAGGGAUAUGGUUUGCUCAAUGUUGAAUCUUCAAAAACAGCACAAACAAAAGUGUGUCGCAUUGGAGGAGCAGUUGGUGUGGUUGGUGAUUUGCGCCAUGGAAUGUUCGGAAAAAGAACCGGCCCACACCGGAGAAGGAGAGGACAUGAUCUCAAGUCACACUCAGUGGGUUUGGUUGCAUCUCAGCUCGCAGCUCAUCUACUUUGUGCUGUUCCAGUUUGCAACGUUCCAGAACAUUGUCAAUUCUUUGCACGAAAAACUGUCUGUUCGAAAUUUGAGACGAGGUCGCGACCACCUUAUGUGGGUUCUGCUCCAGUAUAUUUCAGGAAGCAUCCAACGCAACUCCAUUUCCAACUUUCUUCCCAUUUUGAAACUAUACGACAUUCUCUAUCCGGAAAAAGACCCUUUACCGGUGCCGGAUUACAACAAUCCCCUCUGCACCCAUCAAAUGGCUCCAACCUGCAUUUGGAUUCACCUUCUAAAGCGCGCUCAAUCGGAAAUGUAUAACAUCAAUCGGCCGAUUCCAACUGCUUUAAAACUCCACCACGAGUUUCUACAACAUUUGGUGAUGCCCAACAACAAUUCGACCCUGUGCAUGGGAUCAGACUACAGAAUCGCUCUGCUAUGCAACGCUUAUUCCACCAAUCAGGACUACUUUUCCCGUCCGAUGGCAGCUCUAAUUGAAACCAUUCUCGGCAAUGCGAAGAACGCUUCCAGUGGGGGAGGUGCCGGCGGCUCCCAGCAACUUCCAACUGUUCCACUGUCGAUGUGUGUCCUCGAUAGCCUCACAAUUCAUAGCAAAAUGUCGCUGAUCCACAGCAUCGUCACGCAUAUGAUUAAACAGGCUCAGAACAAGAGCACGAUUCCGAAUUCAAACAACAUGGCACCAGCGCUUGUUGAAACCUACUCACGGUUGUUGGUCUACACCGAGAUCGAAUCGCUCGGAAUUAAAGGAUUUUUGAGUCAGCUGCUGCCACAGGUUUUUAAAUCUCACGCCUGGGGAAUUCUGUACACACUGCUGGAAAUGUUCUCGUAUCGGAUGCACCACAUCCAGCCGCACUAUCGGGUCAACCUGCUGUCCCAUCUGCACUCGUUGGCAUCGGUUCCGCACACAAAUCAGAUGCAGCUGCACUCGUGUGUUGAAUCUACCGCCUUGCGUCUGAUCACCGGUCUCGGCUCGGUCGAAGUUCAAGCCCAGCUGUCCCGGUACGUGAACGAACCGAAAACACCGGGCAACAUUGUUUCGGCCGAAAGUGAGGAGCUGAACCGGGCUCUCAUUCUAACGCUGGCCCGCUCGAUGCACAUCACCGGAACGGGCAAUGACCCACAAUCGAGCACCUGGUGCAAGGAGCUUCUGGCCAGCAUCAUGCAAAAUACGCCCCACUCGUGGUCCCAACAUACGCUCCAAUGU